AUGCCUUCAACCAUAAGGAAUCUCGAGAAAUUGGUGACAUUGGAUAUUGUAGAUGCAGCUUUUUAUUGUAAUUUGCCAAGAACUAUUUUCAGGAUGAAGCAUUUGAAGCAUUUACUCUUAGGCCAGGAUAAAAAGUUUGAGUCUAACAAAUGGACAAAUUUGAAUGUCAGAAAUGAGGUGUAUUUACCGAACAUAGAAACUUUAGAUUAUGUGUCUGGUACCAUUUUGAAAGCUAGCUCAUUACAAGAACUCUCCAACUUGAGAAAGCUGGGUUUAAAUGAGAUUAAUGACCAACAUAUAAAUGUAAUAUCUGGUGAAACACCCAUAUCGAAGAAGCUCCAAUUCUUAUAUUUGUGCUUCACUAAGAAGUUUGAGAGGUUAGACCUGUCCCGCUAUGACCAUCUUGCUGAGUUGAUUCUGAUGGCUGAUUCUGAUUUUCCAUUCAUGCUUGACACCAUCGAAUUCCCUCCAAACCUUACCUACCUUGGCCUUUGGUUCAUGAAAUUCACUGAGGAUCCAAUGAAGGUACUAAAGGAACUACCUAAAUUAGAGAGCCUUGAAGUGAUCAGUUGUACAUACAGCCAGUCAAUCACACUGAAUUUCUCAGGAGCAAACAGCUUUCCAGAGCUUCGAGAGUUGGCAAUUGGAGGAACUGGCAUUCCGGAGUUGAUUGUGGAUCAAACAGGGAUGCCAAAGCUUUCCAAGUUUGUGUGCUACCGACAAGUUUCAAAUGUUCCCGAGAGACUACGUGAAAUAAUGGAGCCUUGA